GAGGCCUCGAUCAAGACAAUGGAGUCGUCCGCAAACGGGUCCAAUUUUGGCAUCGACUCGCUGCUGUCCCACAGGCCUGGAAGUCCGCUGUCCAAAGGGGACAGCCUGGCGGGGGAGUGCCGCUCGCCUCUGGAGUUCAGCCCGAGAUCAGACGUGGAGAGCGGUUGCUCGUCGCCUCCGUCGCCGCGGAGGGAGUGCGUAGACGAGGCGGCCCAGAGGCAGGGUCACGGCGUCGGCCUGCCGCCGCACCUCCAGCACGCGCAGAUAUCUGCGGGCUCGCAGCAGAGGACCGUGACCUCUUCGUUCCUCAUCAGAGAUAUUCUCGCGGACUGUAAGCCCCUGGCCGCAUGCGCGCCGUACUCCAGCAAUGGCCAGCCGACUCAGGAGGCGGGGAGGCUGGCCUCCAAGAUCGCGGAAGACUUUAUGGAGAAAAUCCACAGCAACUCGUCGUCAGACAGCGAAUAUAAAGUGAAAGAGGAGGGGGACAGGGAGAUCUCCAGCAGCAGAGACAGCCCGCAGGUCCGGCUCAAGAAGCCCCGGAAGGCCCGGACGGCUUUCACGGACCACCAGCUGGCCCAGCUGGAGCGCAGCUUCGAGAGGCAGAAGUACCUGAGCGUCCAGGACCGCAUGGAGCUGGCGGCCUCCCUCAACCUCACCGACACACAGGUCAAGACCUGGUACCAGAACCGCAGGACGAAGUGGAAGAGACAGACCGCGGUGGGACUCGAGCUGCUGGCCGAAGCUGGGAACUACUCCGCCCUGCAGAGGAUGUUCCCGUCCCCGUACUUCUACCCGCAGAGCCUGGUGUCCAACCUGGACCCCGGAGCAGCCCUCUACCUGUACAGGGGCCCCUCGGCGCCCCCGCCGGCCCUACAGAGACCUCUGGUCCCGCGGAUCCUGCUGCACGGCCUGCAGGGGGGCAGCGAGCCGCCUCCGCCUCUGCCCCCCAUGUCCGGCGUGCUUCCUCGGCCAGCUCAGCAGCGGUGAGCCGGCUGCUGCGCAUUCCUUUUCUUUUUUUUUUUUUUUUUUUGUACGGCGAUGGCAGCUCGGGACUCAGAGGUAGAAAUAAAAACAGAGACAGAAGAAAAAAUAAAAACGUGACGAACAAGAGAAGAAAGAAGAAAAAAAAAAAACAGUUGGAGGCCUUUAUAAUGGUGCGAAAUGGCCGAUUUAGGCUGAACCCUGUGGACGGAGCUUUUGGGACUCAAACUGUCUGUGUGGAAGGAUUUUUUUUUUUUUGGGGGGACAUGAGCUUUAUUUAUAACUUAUUUAUUUUUCAAUAUGAAUCUAAGUUAUGUAUUUAUUUGAUACACGUUGCAGUAUUUCCAGUGUUUUCAGUUCUUUUUUUCUCCAUCAACAGAUACAAUUGUUGGUGGCACUUUGACCUACAGUUCAAUGCCAAUUAGAUCCCCUAUUAUUAUUAUUAUUAUUAUUAUUAUUAUUAUUAUUAUUAUUAUUAUGUAGGCGUUCAUGGAUAGUGGCAGAGGCAGAACAUCCUUCCAUAAUAUGAAUAUAAUGUAAUUAGAGGAUCCAAAGGAACAAUGAGUAGCCUAAAUCUGUCAUUGAUUUUUCUUUACACGUGAAGAACAAGACGAUCAGCAGUCAUAAACCUGUAAAUAAGAAUAUUUUGCAUUUUAUCCGAAAGAGACUGAUUUUAAAAGAAACUUGUUUUUUUUUCCUCCUGUUGGUUUGAUCCAUUAGUGCGUCUUUUUCAGACCACGGUGAUCCAGUUUAACGUAUUAGGCUAGAUUAGCCAUCAGAAACUAUACAGGCGAACGAGUCAGAAUAAAAAAAUAAUAAAAAUAAGCAUAUUUGUCGGAGAAAGAAUGCCUGGACCCACAUUAAAAAAAAGGCACAAACACGAGAGCUACGGAAAGAAAGAAAUCUAUAUAAAGUCUUUUUCUUGUUCUUAGUUGGAAGUUUUAGCGAAGUAAAAAUGUCAAGUAAUUUAUAUAAAAAAAGCAGUUUUAUCCCUGCAGAGGGGGGCAAUGGGAGACGCAAUCACCUCAGUAAGGUUUUUUUUUUUUUUGGAUAAACAAAUGGCUCGGACCCGGGUCCCCGUCCAGGUGGAACUGCCUGUUGGUUUGCUAUAGAUGUAUUUGAACAGACGUUGUGCAUUACUUAUGUUACUUCAUAUGAAGCCGUGAUAACCCUUACUUGUUCUACUUCUCCUUUGGUGAAAAUGUAUAUUGCAGAUAUCAAACUUGUGGAGUGGUUCUCGUAUAUUUCCUGGAUCGUUUUUUUUUUUUUUUUUUCAUUUCUAUCUUCCGUUCCUCUAGCUUCCCCUAAACUCUCUCUCUCUCUCUCUCUCUCUCUCUCUCUCUCUCUCUCUCUCUCUCUCUCUCUCUCUCUCUCUCUCCCCAUUUCGUGAAGUUCAUUUUUUGGGGGGGUGAAAUUCACAGCAAC